AUGUACGAAAAACCUGAUAACAUUAUAAAGAAGAUCCCAUUUGGUAAUAACACAAUUUCUCGACGCAUCGAUGAAAUGGCCAGUGAUAUCAAACAUCAGCUCACUAAUAUUCUCCGUCGUUCUAAAUUUUCUAUACAAGCGGAUGAGUCAACUGAAACAGAAAAAUCUCUCAUUGAUUGUAAAUUAUUCAUCACUACCACCAUCUCGAAAUUGGUGGUGUUUAAGACUAACAUUUCAAAACGUAAAUUCCAUCAAUUUCCACAAUUUGAUUCUUUGAAAGAUGAAUUAGUUAAUGAAGAUUUAACUACAUAUCGCAACUAUUUACAAUCAUUGCAUGAUAACAUAGUGGAGCGAUUUCAAGAUGUUAUUGCACUGAAUAUUCCAAAUUGGUAUAGCAACCCAUCUGAGGUUGAUGCAGUAGAUUGCGAAGACAACAUUCAGGAAGAAUUGAUAGAAUUACAAAAUGACAAUGACGCCACAAUGCGACAUCGCCGUAAUGGCAAAGAAGGUUUGUGGUACCAUCAGAGUAUAUUGAAUUCCAACCCCAAUCUGUGGAAACAUGUGAAAUUACUUUUGCUUGCCUUCCCUACCUCAUACCUGGUUGAAUCUGGUUUUAACCAUGUUGGAACUUUAUUUUCCCAUAAAAGAAUUGGACUGGAUGUAAUACAACGGGGAGACUUGCGACUAAAGUCGACAAGUUUGAAACCGAAUGUAUCUGCACUAGCUGCAUCGCACCAGACACAUGGUUCUCAUUAA